AUAUAGACUCCGUUGUUACUACGUCAUAACCAUGGCAACGACUUACUAAUCAACAAUUCCCUUCUCCGCGCCGCGUGUGCAUGCUGAGCGCGCGCGAAAAGAGGAAGAACACUGAGAGACUUAUUACCACGGAACACUGCACUUCAGUGUUAUUCUCGCUGUCCUUCUAAUUCUUGACUCCAGCCAGGGAGCAGAGUCAGAGCUUGGCCCAUGGAUCACUACGAGCGGCUGGUUGCUCGGUGUGUGGAGGCACUGGCCACCUUUGACCCCAGCAGUACCAGUGUGGAAGAUCACCUGGAGAGAUUUCUGGUGUCCUCAGAGAAGAUGGGAGAGGGGGAGGAGGAGGAGGAGGAGGUGACGUUUGUGAGGGAAGUGGUGGCUGGCUGCGUCAGAUACCAGCAGCUCAUUAAGGUGGUUGUGAGUGGCUUCUAUCGGAGUCCCCAAGGCCGUAGCUGCCUCAGAGCUGACUCGUGUCUCUAUAAUGUGGUGUGUUACCUCCUCUUGUUCAGACUCCAAGAGAUUGGUCCGGCUCAGUGGAGGAGACUUGUUCUCUCUCUCAACACCACCAAGAUGUACAAGUUCCUCAGUCUCACUCUGAGUGAAGAUAACCUCAAUGGCUGGAUCACUUCUGAGUGGUACAAGGUCUAUGACAGAGAGUUUGUGGACAGAUCAAUUCUCUCUCCAUUGAAAAGCUCCCAUGAUGAACUGCUGACUCUUGUUAGAGAGUUGGAGGAGCAUUUGGCCAACAAGACACAGUCCAAACCUGCCCCUAAACCUCCCACUGAGGUGGCUCCAUUCAACCUGACCAAACCCCAGCCUCGCUCCCUCCCCACUCCUGAGAAGAUCCCUGGCCUCAAGCCCCACAGACCAGUUCCUGUGUCCACAUACACUAGACCUGCUGAGCAGGAGAAACUGGCUGAGGCUUUUAGGAGCAACAGACUGAUAGCCGAGACAACCCUGGAAGAGGCUCGCAGGACUCAGUUUGCAUGUGCCACUGCUGAGAAAUCUGAAAAGACUAAAGCCAGAAUGGAGGAGAUAGUUGUGAGGAGAGUGGCAGAGUAAGUCACACACACCUGGGUCUGUCUGUUCCCUAACCAUGUGGUUUACCUCACUCUGUUGAGCCAAACGAGUUUUAAGACUCCAGUUCAGACCAAGGAGACCAGAGCCAGUCCCAGUCUCAGUGCUGGAGGAGGGACCUCCUGUCAAGAUGAACACUGCUGCUGUACUCAGGGAGGGAGCCAGAGUACAGAAUGAACUGCUCCUGCAAGAAAAGAGGCUGGCAAGUCUGGAGGCAGGAGAGAAGGACUCGGGGGAGUUCACUCGCUGGCAGGAGGACAUGAAACAGAGAGAGGCAGCAGAGAGAGAGACUGAGGUGGAGAGACGACAUCUGGAGGCCAGACUCAGCUACGAGGAUGCCAUCAUUGCCAAAGAGAGCCACCUGAGACAUGUUCAACAGAGGGCCCAGGCCAUGAAGGAAGAGUCUCAGAGCCUGAUGCAGGCCUACUUUGCUGAGAGAGAGGAGGAGAGGAGAGAGAUGAGGAGGCUGGUGGAGGCAGCUGCCGGUCAGAACGCUGCAAAAGAGGCUCGGGCUCAGCUACAGGCCAUGAAGAAGAGCAUAGUUGAGGCAGUAUCGGAGGAGAGCAGGUCUCUGAUGGCGCGGGCUCUGGAGGAGGCAGAGGAGGAGAUGCAGUGCAAGGCGGAGCUGAUCCGCCAGAUCAGAGCCAUGGAGAGGGUCCACGUGCCCAGGACCAAACUAGUGGACCUGACCCAGACCGGGGGACAAGGUCUGCUGGUAGAGAUGUCUGUGGCUGAACUGAGGGAGAGACUGGGUCUCCUGAGAGUGGCUGAGGCCCAGGAGGAGGAGAGGAGGAGGAGGGACAUUGCUACCUCGAAACAGGCCAAGGAGAGACUCAUCUCUGAGACAAAGGAGUCCAUUUCUCGUCACCGUCAGGAGAAGAGCAAGGAGACACUCAACAGGCAGGAGAGAGAUGGAGAUGUGUUCAGCAGACAUCGCAGCCAGCUGAGGCAGAAGACUGUAAACCAUCUCCAGGACAGACUCCAGGCCAGGAGGAAAGAGAGGGAAAGACUGCAGUCAGAGAGCCAAGUGAGGAAGGGAGGCGGGGCUGCUAGAUCUCAGGCUGACAGCACCACUGACACUUCUCAAUCCAUUACAUCCACUCUACUGCAUUGCUAACAUUGUACUGUGAUGUAACAUAGUUUUACUC